AAGCUUUAAAUUCUACAAAUUUAUAAUCAAAUAUAUUUUUUAAAUUUAUCAUUACAAAAAGGCGAACUUCAGUCGUAUGGAACCGAACUUCAUUUGAAUGGGUAUGUAUGGUAUAAGUAAUUUGGAAUGAUGAUUAUAUAUCCGCCAAUAAUUUAACAGUUCUAACAUGGUUCUCUAACCUUUGAACUCUCAAAAGAACACUUUAAUGUGGAGCAUUUUAAAACAAAGACGUUCGGGAGAUAUACUAUUUUAAUAACCCAAAUUUUGGUAUUUAAAAUAAUUGCAUUGGGUAUUAAAACGGAUUUUUUUGUCGAAAAUAUCGGAUCAAUCAUUCCAUGGGAUGAGGAACUUGGUAUCUGGACACGUUUAAAGAUCACAUGAAACAAUUGUCAUGAGGAAACAUUACUAUUUUUCGAGAUAUGUGUUGUUAUUGACGUACAUAUAUCCUUAUUUCACAAAUCAAAGGAAGUUAUUUACUGUUUAUCAGGUUGUAAGAAUACGAAAGAAGUAUUUAGAUUAAUUUGAUUAAUGUCUCCGCUAUAAAUAGUGUUUAAGGCAUGUCUAAAUGUGACUGCGCCCGAAUUUGUCGGUAAUAGGUUUAACCUCUUGAUAUUCCUGAGAGACGGCAGUUUCUACUGGGAUGUUUCGUUCGAAGUCAUGCCUUGACUAUUAGAAAUAUUAUAAAAAAUUAGUCUAAUCAAAUUAGUACAUCAUGGCUUCCUCUAACCACCCUGUAAAGUAUAUGGCCGCCGUGAACCGCUUCCACUCUUCUCUGAAGAUGGCUCAGUUUCCUACUAAACAUGCCUGUACCAGAGCGUUCCAGGAGGUUACCAUGCGGCGACCAGGCUUCAACUUCCUUGUCGCCGACACCUAUUUCCUACAUGGGUCUCUAACCUAGCGGAGGCUACUCUACUAGAUUAUAUAUAUUAUAUUAUAUAAUACUAAGAUUCCACCUCGCACUUCCGCCCCACUAACUGCUGCUUUAGGUAUAUUUCUGCCGACAUCUACUUGUUGCCUUUUUCCGGGGGUAGCGACACCCUAGAAUGGGGUAUUUGCAUCGGGCGGUUUGUGAGCCUCUCGGUACAUUGUCCGUGUUUAAGGUCGGUUCCGACUUUCCCUCUCUCUCAUCCAUUUGUUUAAGUUUAUUCAAAUUCAUGCUAAACGGGUCCCCACUUUGAGCCGCUAUUCACCUAACGAGGUGUCGCAUUUAAUGGUCCCUAGGUUAUUUCGAUUAGGAGACCAAAACGAGGUUUGACGCACGCCCUUAUGAGUAAAUGCAUUCAGAGCCAACCAGCACAAAUAGAGAGUCUUCACAACCUACACGUACCACAACAACUUAAUAAUGAAUGGAGGUAACACGUUCUGAAGAGCAUUAACCCACCCGCCAUUUCUGAAGGGUUUCACCUCCGCCCAGGUUUCAACCAAACACAAAACAAUCCUAUUCGUUGUCCGUGUCAAUCCAGAGUCAAAAAUCCGUCAGGAGUUUCAAAAGCUGCGAAACCCGCAGGUCAUUCAGUAUUAUCCAGGAUGCACCGCUAGGGAAGAUUAGUUUGGCCCAGCCGAAUGUUGUACAGUUUAAUAGAACACCGAACACUAUGACAAAGUACCGGUUACAAUGUGUUUUUAUCGAUUGCUGACAUGACUAGCAAUUUGGCUUAACCAACGUUAAUAAUUUGUCAUUGCGCAUGUCCUAAAUGUCAGGACAUUUUACGAAAAUUGACAUUUGCCGUUUACUAAACAGUCACAAAGUAAAUAGUGCUAGCAAGAAUUUGUUGAGUUAUUGCGCAACCUUUUCGCUAUCACGUUGUAGUGAUGAAUUUAAUUCACGGUGGUGUAAUUAUACUGAGCGCUGUAGUGUUUUUAUUCUACAAACUCUCAAAACAACGAAAUUCUUCGCUGCAAAACAAUCAAUUAUUACGGCCGCCGAACCCGGAAACGCCGCAGCCACCUUCAUUUUCGCCACUACACGUGUAUGAAAACGCAGCGGUCUGCUCUGACAGUGAUGUUUGCAGUCGAAUUGGCAGGGAUGUUAUUCAAAAGUCGGGUGGCAGCGCGGUUGACGCCGCCAUCGCCACACUCUUCUGCAAUGGAUUGCUGGCUAUGCAGAGCAUGGGACUCGGUGGUGGUGUACUCUUGAAUAUUUACUCAAGUGGCGAGCAACGCGCCUACAGCAUACUGAGCAGAGAACGUGCGCCACAAGAAUUUCAAUUGCCGGAGGGAAAUGUAAGCACUAUUUUCCAAUCGGCUUUGGGUAUUGCAGUGCCCGCCGAAGUUGCCGGCUAUGCGGUAGCCCAUCAGCAUUUUGGUAAGCUACCCUGGCGGCAACUGGUGGACCCAACAACAAAACUCUGCCGCCAAGGUUACACGCUGACCAAACAUCAACGGGAUGCGGUGUAUAUCAAUGGGAAAUUGCUUAAAGAAAAUUCGGUUUUACGUAAAAUGUUCGUGGACCCGAAAACAGGACAAGUUCAUAGAACGGGCGCACAUGUACGUCCACCGGAUGUGCUUUGUCGCACUUAUGAAGCACUGGCGCGUGAUGGCCCCAAUGAUUUUUAUAACGGUUAUCUGAUGAAGAAAGUAGUGAAAGAUUUACACGAUUUAGGUAGCCCCAUCAGUGAGGUAGAUAUGAGCAAUCUGACGGCUGAGUUGACAUUCUCACCAAAUGUAACAUUAGGGCCGUAUACGCUACAUUUCACACCACCACCCGGUAGUGGAUAUGUCGUAGGUUUUGUGAUGAAGAUCUUACAGAAAUUCAGUAAGAAAUUCGUGAAAGAAAGUGACAUCGACGACAGCGGCCUGCAUCACAUAGUUGAAGCGCUAAAAUUUGGGUUCGUUCAACGUUGGAAGCUAGAUAUGGAGGUACUCGAAGAGGAACUAACAAAUUUGACAAACUCCACACAUGCUCGUCAUUUGGCAUAUUUAAUAGAUGACGCCCGUACUUUUCGGGAUGCUACCAGUUAUGGCGCCAGCGAGUCAUUCGUUACACGUACAGAUCAUGGUACAGCACAUAUAUCGGUGAUGGCACCGAAUGGAGAUGCCGUGGCCGCAACAAGCUCCAUUAACUUUUACUUUGGCAGUGGCAAGAUUGGAGCACGCACUGGAAUUCUCUUCAAUAACGCUAUUUCGGACUUCACCAUCGAGGGUCUGGAAAAUUACUUCGAUCUGCCGAAUAUGCCGCAUAAGAAUCGUAUUAAACCCGGUGCUUCACCUAUGUCCUCGAUGAGCCCCAUUAUUGUUACCGAUCCGAAUGGCGAGGUGCGUUUGGUAACCGGUGCCGCCGGUGGCACGAAAAUCAUAUCUGUGCUUGUACACAUUUUGGUACGCAUACUCUGGCUGGAGCAGAAUAUUAAACAGGCCAUCGAUGCACCACGUUUUCACCAUCAAUUGGAACCGAAUAUUCUGGAAUAUGAGUAUGGAAUUUUGCAAAAUGUGGUGAAGUCUUUGGAAGCCAAGGGACACCAAACGAAACGUUACAGAGAGCGUGGUUCGGCCGUUUGUGGCAUUGAAAAGGUUAGGGGAAAGCUUUUUGCUAAUGCUGACUAUCGUAAAGAAGGCGAUGUUAGAGGUUUCUAAGGAUCGCGAGCUUUAAAUGUGAACUCGAGUGUUUUAUAUCGAUAAAAUGUGAUAAUAGUAAAUGAAAGUAGCGCAAAAACGAAAGAAUUACGCUUAUAAAUAUUAUAAAUAAGAAAAGACGUGUUUAGUAGAUAAAUAUUGUAUUAAAUUAAUGGAUUGAUAUUUUUCCCUAUUCACACUUUAAGAUGAAUUAGUGAGUAAUUAUUAAAUUCGAAUGCAAUAUUUAAUUUAAAUAUCAGUAAUUAUACAUAUAAAAAACUAAAUUAAUGUUAAAAUACAGUGCCGAAAACUAAUUACCCUCCAUAAAUUAAACAAAUAUAUUUGAUCUCAAAUAAACUAUAUUAAAAAAGAGUAAAACUUCGUUAGAUGAAGAAAUUAUUACAGUAAUACUAGCAGACCCGGCCACACGUUGUUGUGGCUAAGGUAUACAUUAAAUUAAGUUCGUCCAAUCUUGGCUUCGGCGACGAUAUUGAUUACUCGAGGUCGAUUUAUUUUACGCAGCAUGAUGACAACUCACACUACUUUAAAUUACAAAGUGAGAGGUGAUAGUACAGGCAAUUUUAAAUAGUUUGGGAUACGUCUUUUUUUGGUUUGUAGCUGUGUCAACUCUCCUGGACCGAAAUUCGAAAUUGUUGCAUUAAGAUCAUCGAUAUCCUUGUUUUUUUUUACCACCAAUAUACAGUGAGUCACAGUCA